AUCUCUCUUGUAAAGCCAAGCUUGAUCCUCCUUUUUUGGAAACGUCGUCGUUUAAUGGAUUCCCUCCUUGGGAGCUGUGCUGCUGCUGCGAUAGGAUUCUUCACGAUUCUCGUUACGCUAUUACUUGCGUUUUACAGAAGAUUCAGAUCCAAUCGACGGAACGUGACAGUGGCGUCAUCUUCUUCGACGAGCACCACUCUAUCUAGCGAUUUCGAAGCAGUGCCUAAUGGAUUACGAAUACGCGCCGUCUACAUCUACUGCGAAGAGACGUUACAGUACACCUUCGCUAGCCACCUCUCCGUCGAUUUCCGCCGGAAACGCAUUGCUGCGUUUGUGAAUUGCGAUUUGAAUCCGGAUGUGGCAGAGGGAGCGAGCGCUUCUGUGGUGGUUUUCUCCAAGAGCUACUCGUCCUCCGCCUCAUGCCUUGACAAGCUCGUGACGGUUCUUCGGUGCCGGAGGAAUACCGGCCAGAUGGUGGUGGUUCCGGUGUUCUACGGCAUUAGUCCAUCAGAUGUUGCCGUGCGGGUGCACGGCUCAGCUGAUCGGAUAAGAGAGUGGAGCAACGCUCUCAGAGAACUGAGAGAGUUGCCAAGCCACCAGUGUAGUGAGGAAUCUGAUGAGGGCCAAGUGGUGGAAGAGAUUGUCAAAGAUGUGUAUGAAAAGCUCUUUCCUACUGAACAGGUUGGAAUCAACUCAAGGCUGGUGGAGAUAGAACAGUUGCUUUGCAAGCAACCAUGGGGUAUACGCCGCAUCGGGAUUUGGGGUAUGCCUGGCAUAGGCAAGACGACGCUUGCUAAAGCAGUUUUCGACGACAUCUCUGGAGGCUAUGAGGCUUCUUGUUUCAUCAAACACUUUGACGAAGCUUUCAAUGAGAAGGGACUUCACCGUUUGUUGGAGGAACAUUUUGGGAAAAUCCUCAAGGAACUGCCUCGUGUAUGCAGUAGCAUUACAAGACCUAGUCUCCGAGGGGAGAUUUUAAGCAAGAAGAGGACUCUUGUUGUUCUUGAUGAUGUGAAAAAUCCCUUAGCUGCCGAGUCUUUCCUCGGAGGGUUUCAUUGGUUUGGUCCGGGUAGUUUAAUCAUCAUAACCUCCAGAGAUAAACAAGUGUACCGCCAUCGUCAGAUAAAUCAUGUGUAUGAGGUUCGGAGCUUAAGCGAGGACGAGGCUUUGCAGCUGCUAUCUCAGUGUGCAUUUGGUAAUGACAUAAGAGAUCAAAAACGCAUGGAACUAUCGAUGGAAGUGAUUGACUACGCUAGGGGAAAUCCAUUUGCUCUAAGCUUUUACGGCAGAGAGCUGAAGGGAAAGAAACCGUCAGAAAUGGAGGCGACAUUCCUCAAACUCAAGCUACGUACUCCACAUAAGAUUCAUGAUUUAUUCAACAGCAGCUACAAAACACUUGACGACAGCGAGAAGAACAUUUUCUUGGACAUUGCUUGUUUCUUCGUGGGAGAAGAUGUUGACUAUGUGAUGCAACUGCUUGACGGAUGUGGCUUCUUUCCACAUGUUGGGAUUGAUGUUCUUGUGGAGAAGUGUCUGGUGACUAUUUCAGAAAACAGAGUGAUAAUGCAUAGAAUAAUCCAAGACUUUGGCAGAGAAAUAAUCAACGGGGAAUCAGUACAGAUAGAGCGCCGUCGGAGACUGUGGGAGCCUUGGACCAUCAAGUUUCUACUUGAGGACGACAAACUUGAAGCAAAUGGAUAUCCCAGAGAAACCUGCAAACGUCCUUUGGGCACUGAAGACAUCGAGGGCAUAUUUCUAGACACAUCGAGUUUACUCUUUGAUGUGAAGCCCACUGCUUUUGAUAAUAUGCUUAACCUUAGAUUCCUCAAGAUUUACUGUUCCAGUCAUGAAAACCAAUAUGGUCUCGGCCUUCCAAGAGGACUUGAGUCUCUGCCAUAUGAGCUAAGACUUCUCCACUGGGAGAACUAUCCUUCAGAGUCCUUGCCACAAGAAUUUGACCCAUGCCACCUAGUAGAACUCAAUAUGUCUUACAGUCAUCUUCAGAAACUUUGGGAAGGAACCAAGAACCUCGACAUGUUGAAGACGUGUAAGCUUUGUUAUUCCCAGCAGCUGACUGAGGUUGACGAUCUUUCUAAAGCUCAGAAUAUCGAGCUAAUUGAUCUCCAAGGCUGUACAAAACUGCAGAGAUUUCCAACCACUGGUCAACUACGUCAUCUCCGAGUUGUAAAUCUUUCAGGUUGCACAGCGAUCACAAGUGUCCCAGAGGUUUCACCUAACAUUGUGGAACUACAUCUCCAGGGAACUGGCACAAGAGAAUUACCAAUAUCUCUUGUGUCCCCUUCCCAAGAAGAUAACCUGAACCUUGAGAAAUUAACAAGCCUGGCUCAAGUCAUCUCAUCAAAUCAGCAUCUUGACAAACUUGUUUUGCUGAAUAUGAAAGAUUGUUUUCAUUUGCAAAGCUUGCCUCACAUGUUUCAUUUAGAAACUCUUGAAGUUCUUGAUUUGUCUGGAUGCUCGGAGCUCAAGAGUAUACAAGGAUUCCCACGAAACUUAAAAGAGUUGUAUCUUGUUGGCACUGCUGUCACAAAACUACCACCCCUUCCCUGGAGUAUAGAAGUCUUGAAUGCACAUGGUUGUAUGUCUCUUGUAUCAGUUCCUUUUGGUUUCGAGAGACUUCCUAGGUAUUACACAUUCAGUAAUUGCUUUGCUCUUUCUGCACAAGAGGUCAGAGAAUUUGUAGCUAACGCUCUGGCUAAUAUAGAACGCAUCGCGAGAGAGUAUCAGCCGGAACUCAAGAAAUCUCUGGCUUUCAGCUUCACUGUGCCUUCGGCUGUAAGUAAAAAUUUCACUUGUGAUCUGCAACCAGGGUCUUCUGUGAUGAUACAACUGGGUUCUUCUUGGAGAAGCACACUCGGUUUUGCUGUCUUAGUCGAACUUUCAUUUUUGGAGGAUUACCAGGAGGCCACUGGUUUUGGAAUCACUUGUGUUUGCAGAUGGAAAGACAAGGAAUUCGUCUCUCAUAGGCUUGAAAAAAACUCUCACUGUUGGAGUCCAGAGGAAGGUGUUCCGAAAGAUCACAUGUUUGUCUUCUGUGAUUUAAACAUGCAUCGGAGCACCUGCGAAGGAAAUGAUCCCGGUAUAUUGGCUGAUCUUGUCGUAUUUGAAUUCUUUACUGUGAACAAACAGAAGAAGCCUCUGGAUGAGAGUUGCACAGUGAAGAAAUGUGGAGUCCAUGUGAUUACUGCCGUAAAUGGAGAUGCAAGUUGUAACAUGACUCAAGAGAGUUUUGGUAACGAGGUUGAAGAAGAGUUGAGGGUGGUCUUUGAUGUCUUGGACAAGAAUGAUAGAACUUUGUUUCUUUACAUUGCACGUCUGUUCAACGACGAGAAAGCUGAUUUCUUAACACCGCUUAUCCCUAGCACUGGCUUGGAGAUUAGUUCUAGGCUCAAGUUCUUAGCCAGUAACUCUCUCAUACAUAUAUCUCCAUUUGGUAUCACAAUGCGGCAUAGCUUACGUCAGAAAAUAAGUAGGGAGAUCGUCCAUAGACAACCCACGUUGGGGAAGGACUUAAUAAAGGACUCCACGUCACCUGCUUGGAAAUACGACGUCUUUAUAAGUUUCAGCGGGGAAGAUGACAGUAAUAACAAACUCAGCAACCUUCUUGCAAAGUUCAAAGGUAAACUAAUGAGUACACCCCAUAGAUGCAAGUCGGUCACACCAGAGCUUGUGCAAGCAAUAAGAGCAUCGAAAGGUUCGAUUGUCUUGCUCUCAAAGAGCUACGCCUCUUCGAGUAGGUGCUUGGAUGAGCUGGUAGAGAUUAUGAAUUGCAAUAAAGAGCUGGCUCAAAAAGUAGUGGCCAUAUUCUACAACGUGGCUCCUUCCGAUGUUAGGCUUCAGAGUGGAGACUUUGGGAGGGCCUUUCAAACUACGUGCAUAGGCAAAUCAGAGGAUGAGAAACGGAAAUGGGCGCAGGCUUUGGCCGACUUAGCGAAUAUGGACGGAGUGAAUUCACGCAAAUGGGCUAAUGAAGCAAACAUGUUCGAAAAAACUGACUCUGACGUUCUGGAGAAGAUAGAUCAUAAAAGAUCAAAUGAGUCUGGCGAUAUGGUUGGAGUUGAAGAACAUGUUACAGACGACGGUUUUGGGUCGGGUUGGGAAUCUGAGGAAGUGGAUAAAACAGUUGGGACAGCGGGUUUCAUGACAAAAGGGGAAGAGAUAAACGCAAGUAUGGUUGCUAUGCCAGUGGAGCCGUCACAUCUGUUUAAACAAGAAGGGAGAGUGAUAAGAUCCGGAGCGUGGAGUCCUAGCUUCCUCGAUCGUAUCCCCUUUGCCGAGCUUUAUACUGGAGAAGUCCCAACUGCCGUUUUACAAGGGCUGGGCAAUAUCCGCUCAGUGCUCCAAUCUAGAAGAUCUAUAUAACUGUAAGUUUACUGGUCGAGCAAAACAUAAGCAAAGUGUCCCUUUGGUUUCGUGUUUCUUUUAGCAUUCAUUUGUAACGUAGAUACACAGAUAUAUGAACUGUAUGUUGCGUAUAUACAUAGAAGUAAAUCAACUGUAUCUAUCAGAUAAUCAUAAAACUUUUUGAUGUUAAAACAUACUAAGAAUCAAAAUUGUAAGACUUAACUUUGAUUUCAGUUGCGUUUAUGUUUUC